CUCUUGGUUUCGCCCAGAGAGACCUGAUUCAAAACCUCAACUCAUCAGGAACUAUUGGGAUAUAAUUUCAUUUACCUGAAUCCUACAAAUACGAAGAAAACUCGCAAUUGAAGCCCCCAAUUAGGCUGCAGCACCAGCAUCGCACGCGGUCAAACCUUUUGGUCUGAGACCUUUGGGAGGUAUUAGUCUUCGUUUGGAAGGAAGUCCCAGGACGGAGAGACUGGCCUGAAAAUUUUCUGUCAAGGGUGAAACCCUACUGCACGCGUCGGGACGGGAGAGAAGGGUUUUGGACACUCCGCGCGGUGAGGGUGGGGCAGAGUUUUCGGAAGUAGAGUAGGGAUUGCUGAACGCAGGGCAUUUACCCCGUGGAAUCCGAUCGCUCGUGCUUUCGCUGGGUCGCACACAUGAGCCUGGCUUGAGUGCAUCGGACAGAGGUUCAAGAUUCGGGCAUGUUUUCGAAGGAUUAGGGAUUGAGUACUUUCUCUGUUGGUUAUCUCUUUCCUGUUUUUUAUUCCCGGUGCAAGACGGAGGGAUCGAGAACAAAGCACUUUCACCUCUGCGCUUGUCAAAGGUGUCGCGAUUUGUGCAUGCCUGAUAUUUGUUGCACCUGCUGCGGAGGGGUCGAAGGGCGAGUUGUGCGUCCAUAAUCCGCGUCGUACGAGGAGGUCAUUCGUGCGGACGGUUGAAAGUAGGGCAUCGGGAGCAGGGGACGAGAGGAAGCUCGGCGUCGAGAUUGGGGAUUCAGAUUGCGGUGGAAUAGGUGGGGGGCAAGGAAGGAGCUUCGGGUGACAUUCGUAAGAGUCGUUGUGAGUCGGGCUUUCGAGGGUUCAAAUCUUAGGAGGAGGUAGACGACAGGUGGGAAAUUUUUCACGUGACACAGAGAGGGGCUCCACGAGGCUGCAGCCAUGGCGACCGUUUUGAUGAAAAUCAAAGAUAUCGAAGAUGAGAUGGCUAGGACGCAAAAGAAUAAGGCCACCGCGCAUCAUCUGGGGCUCUUGAAGGCUAAGCUCGCGAAGCUGCGAAGGGAGAUUCUUGCCCCGUCGUCAUCGAAAGGCGCUGGAGGAGCGGGAGAAGGAUUCGAUGUGACCAAGAGCGGUGACUCGCGAGUCGGUCUGGUGGGAUUUCCCUCCGUCGGAAAGUCGACUCUUUUGAAUAAACUGACGGGCACAUUCUCGGAGGUAGCAUCGUACGAGUUUACAACUCUGACUUGCGUUCCUGGGGUGAUUAGAUAUAGGGGUGCCAAAGUUCAGCUUCUGGAUCUUCCGGGUAUUAUCGAAGGAGCUAAGGAUGGAAAGGGUCGUGGACGUCAGGUCAUUUCUACUGCUCGAACUUGCAAUUGUAUUCUUAUCGUCCUGGAUGCCAUCAAGCCUAUAACGCACAAGCGAUUGAUCGAGAAGGAGUUGGAGGGUUUUGGAAUCAGGUUGAAUUCGGAACCCCCGAAUAUGACUUUUAGGAGGAAGGACAAAGGAGGAAUUAAUUUUACGUCCACGGUGUCGAACACGCAUUUAGAUCUCGAAACUGUCAAGGCCAUCUGCGGAGAGUAUAAAAUACAUAAUGCUGACAUUUCACUGCGGUUUGAUGCAACGGCUGAUGAUCUGAUCGAUGUCAUCGAAGGAAACCGAAUUUACAUGCCUUGCAUUUAUGUCAUCAACAAAAUAGAUCAAGUCACCAUGGAAGAGUUGGAGAUUCUCGACAAGUUGCCACAUUAUUGCCCUGUAAGUGCUCACUUGGAAUGGAAUCUCGACGGAUUGUUGGAAAAGAUUUGGGAAUAUCUGGACUUGAUUCGUGUUUACACCAAACCCCGAGGAAUGAGCCCCGACUACGAGGAUCCUGUCAUAUUGUCAGCGAAGAAAUGUACAGUCGACGACUUCUGUCAACGAAUUCACAAAGAUAUGGUGAAGCAGUUUAAGUUUGCGUUGGUUUGGGGUUCCAGUGCCAAGCACAAACCCCAAAGAGUAGGCAGGGAGCAUCAAUUAGAGGAUGAAGAUGUUGUUCAAAUUAUCAAGAAGGUGUAAAAUGCGACAAUUAACGGACAUUACAUUCUUAUCUUCAUCAGUUGGAUCUUAUGGAUGCGUGUCACCAGCGCUUGGUUAUGUAUUAUUGAGGCCAACACCUGCAUUCUGCUUCCGUGCUUGAAGUGUUGGGAAAAGCUCUGUUUCACCUUUGACUCCACGAGUGUCUCGUUCUGUAGAAGCAAAGUACAGAAAGUUGGUUGCUUUGACUGGGUGUCCGAGAUAUGGUGAAUCGUUUUGAGUUAGCCUUGGUUGAGCCUUCCGGUUGCGGACCUCAAUAUUGAAGUAGGUUGGGCACAAGCCGGAGAUGGCCAUAAUCAUGGCGCCAUGUUUCGGUGUAUAUAUGGAAUGCAAAUGGUGCUUCCUUUACUCUUGAGAUUCGUGAUAUUUGUGAAGCACUUUUCCCUCCAUAGUAAACAGGAGCCUGUUCAGAGGAAUAUGCUGUAAUUUCAUCAAAUUAGCCUUUUUUUUUUUUUCACUUUGAAGGAACAUUGUAAUCUGAUAUCCCUUUCUACCGACCUGAUGUUGUUUCAGAAUUGUGGGUUCAAAAAGUAAGGUUCAGAAUUUUUUUGAUUUUUGGGAAACAGUUAGCAUCGUUGGUCUCUUUAUUCCAAAGCAGAUGUGAUGAUUACCCCAUUUCAUACAUGAACAGAGGCAUCGCUGCUCUAUUUUUAGUUCCAUUGUGAAAAGGCCAUCAUCACGUUUGCAUCUGGCCUGGAUAAUGCAGUUGAAGAACGCUCAGUUGAUGACGAAGAAUGUGUAGUUGUUAAAUAUCCUGGAUUGGUGGAAUCGCUGCACAGCUUUCAUUCAACUCUACCGAAACAAUGUAGCGAGUCUUUCACCUUGUAAAUCCGUAUUCGGUGUUCUGCGUUUAGACGCUGUCAUCCUUGUCUUGUAAGUUGUGACAGUGAUCAAGUAUUUAUUUUUGGAAAUAGGCACGGUUGCUUACUGGGAAUCGGAUCUCCGAAUUAUCGAUACACUGCGGCCAGGAAUUAAUCACGAUAUCCGACUCGUAGUGAUUGGGAGGCACGAGGAUGUGGAGAAUAAGAAUCCGAUUCGCGACUAGGCAAAUUGUGUCAACCAGCUUUGGUUCAUGGUUCAACACACAACACAAAACCCUGUUUAUUCCUGUUUAGCAAUGUCAAAGAUACAGAAAGGGUUUGACGAUGUUUCCCCCGAUAUGUCUAACAUACUUGCAUGU